AUGUUUUAUUUACUUUUACCAUCUGAAACAUACUUUGAACGACUUGAAGAUGUUCCAGAUUAUAUUGUUAAAGUUGUUCAACUUUUUCUUGUUUUACAAAUAUUAGAAUUCGUUAUUGCUAUAUAUCGAGGAAAGAUUUUACCACGUUUUAAUGAUACAUUCGGCUCAGUGACAGCUGGUAUUAUUUCACGUAUACCCCGAUUCUUUUUUCGAUCAAUUCAAUUGACAACAUACAUAUGGGUAUAUGAAAAUGUUCGUAUUUUUCCACGAUUAUCAUGGAAUUCACCAAUAACAUAUUGGAUUACAUUUUUCGGAAUGGAUCUUGGUUAUUAUUGGUUCCAUCGUAUGGCACAUGAGGUUAAUCUUUUUUGGGCUUCACAUCAAACACAUCAUUCAUCGGAAUACUAUAAUUUAUCAACAGCACUUCGACAAAGUGUUGCACAAAUAUAUUUCUCAUGGAUUUUUUAUUUGCCAUUAGCUUUAGUGAUUCCACCUCAAAUAUUUUUAAUUCAUGAACAAAUGAAUUUAUUAUAUCAAUUUUGGAUUCAUACAGAUGUUAUAUCAAAUCUUGGUCCAUUUGAAUAUAUAUUAAAUACACCAAGUCAUCAUCGUGUUCAUCAUGGACGAAAUCCAUAUUGUAUUGAUAAAAACUAUGCUGGAGUUUUUAUUAUAUGGGAUAGAUUAUUUGGUACAUUUGCUGCUGAACGUAAAGAUGAAGAAAUUGCUUAUGGUCUUAUACAUCCAAUAAAUACAUUUGAUCCAUUAGAAACACAAUUUAAUCAUUUUAAAUAUAUUUUUAAACAAUUUUUCAAAACUGAAGGAUGGUCAAAUAAAUUAUCUGUUAUUUGGAAAGGUCCAGGAUGGCAACCAGGUUUACCUCGAUUGGGUAGUGAUAAAUUUCCAAAAGUAAAAUAUCCUAUUCGUGUUUAUCAUCCAAAUAUAUCAACAGAAUUAUCAGUAUAUACAUUUGUACAUUUUAUGUAUGUUAUAAUACAAUAUAGUGCAGUACUUAAAUAUUCAAAAAAUUAUUCGGUUUUGGCAUUACUUCUUUAUUCAAUUAUGUUACUUUACACUUUACAAACAUUUGGUGCUAUUUUUGAUCAAAAAAAAAAUGCACUUCAUCUUGAACGUAUUCGACUUAUUUUAAUGUUAAUUCUACCAAGAUUAACUUUAAUUAAAUCACUUUUCUUACUUCAAACACAUCUAAUAAUUCAAAUAGCUAUUGUUCUUUCUUUUAUUGCUACAUUUUUCGUUGCACAAGUUGCCCCAUCAGAAAAAACUGUGCCUUUGAAAAAAGAAUAA